AUGUCAGAAACGAACGGACGAACGAGGUUUCGUCUUCAGUCUGAAGGAAAGCAACCAGCAGAAGACCUCUUUCUAGGUGGACCCGUCCAGCUGCCCCCCACUGGCCUUCUAAACGGCACCAACACAAAUGGCACCAACAGUGUUCUCUCGACACCACGCCACGUCUCUAAUGCAUCCGAUCAAAGAGGCGAUGAUGGCCAAGACGAUUCAGGGUCAUCGACAUAUCAGUUCCCCCGCCUAUCACCUAGAAGGGGGACUUGGCCACGCUCUCCAUCACUCCAUUCAGUACAGGCGGAGGUCGACCCUUCAGAGCAGGGAUUCAGCCAUCCCAUCCCUCCCUUGGGCCCUCACGAGGGCGAAGCCGGUGGUCCACGUUCUCGCGCGCACGCAAAUAUACGGACGUACACAGACGACAGUCGCGUCGAGCACGAGUACCCUCGCCUUUCACGGCCUGUUGAGCUUCUUCGCAGGGACUAUGACUGUAUCGUCAUAGGAUCCGGCUACGGUGGCGCUGUGGCAGCGUCCCGGCUGGCAAGAGCAGGCGAGAGCGUCUGUGUGCUUGAGAGAGGACGCGAGAAGUGGCCUGGCGAGUAUCCCAGUGGGGCAGGACAUGCUCUAGAUGAGCUGCAUUGGUCAGGGAAUCUCGCGCCCAAAGGUGUCAGUGAGGGUAUCGCUGUUGAUGGUGGUGAUCCUACAGGGAUGUACCACUUGAUUCUCGGGAGAGGACAGCAUGCGAUGGUAGGCAAUGGUCUCGGUGGCACCAGCUUGAUGAACGCCAACGUCUUCCUGAAGGCCAACCACGAUGCCUUGAGGAUGAAAGCAUGGCCAAAAGAGAUAAGAGACCAUCCUCACUGUCUCGACGAAUACUACGAGAAGGCAAAGAAGGUUCUCGACCCAAAGCCAUACCCGUCUGAUUGGCCUAAGCUUCCGAAGCUUGAAAUGCUCGAGAAGCAAGCCGGGUAUCUUGGAAUGUCGGACAAAUUCAGGCGUGUCGAGCAGACAACUCGCUUCCGCAACGGACCCAACAGCUGCGGAGUGGAGAUGUCCCCUUCGGCACUGACCGGCCAAGACGUCACGGGUGUCAAUGACGGCUCGAAGACGACCACUCUGGUGACCUACCUCGCAGACGCAUGGAACUGGGGCGCCGAGAUGUUCUGUGAAUGCGAGGUCCGAUACAUUGAGAAGUGCUCCGAGAAACGCGGCGGGUACAACGUGUACUUUGCCUGGCACGGGCGCAAUCGAGGUCACUUCCGCGCGAACCUGCAUGGCGAUUUGAUGUGGGUUCAUGCAAAGCAUGCUGUCUUCCUCGGUGGUGGCGCUAUUGGCACCACAGAAAUACUGCUGCGGAGCAAGCAGUUGGGCUUGAGCAUGAGUGAGCAGGUCGGGCAGAACAUGAGCGGCAAUGGAGACAUUCUGGCAUUCGGGUACAACACGGACGAGCUGGUCAACGGUGUUGGCAGACCAUUUCCUUCGCCAUAUAACCCUGUAGGACCGUGUAUCACUGGUAUCAUCGACAACCGCGAUGGUCAUGAUAAUCCUCUGGAUGGUUACGUGAUAGAAGAAGGGACCAUUCCAAAAGCACUCGCCCCGUUUAUGCAGGCCAUGCUGGACCUGAUGCCCGGUAGUAUCUCGAACGAAGAGACCUUACUUGACAAGGCUCAUGCCAAGUUGGCCCGGUGGGGAAGCCGAAUCCUCGGUCCUUACUUCAAGAACGGCGCAAUAGAGAGGACCCAGGUCUACCUCAUCAUGUCCCAUGACAGCAACCAAGCCAUGCUGACCCUCAAAGACGACAAGCCUGAACUUGAGUUUCUUGGCGUUGGACGAAGCGACCAUGUCAAAAAGCUCAACGAAAUCCUGGCCAAGGCCACCAAGGCUGUUGGCGGAACACUCGUGCAAAACCCCUUCUUUGCGCUGCUGGGCCAGCAACAAGUAACGGUACACCCCAUUGGCGGUGCAAGCAUGGCCCGUGAUGGCACGCCAAUGACGGGCGUGACAAAUCAUCUCGGUCAGGUCUUCGUAGGCAAGAACAUGGACAGCAAAGCGGUUCACAAGGGCCUGGUUGUUAUGGAUGCAGCUGUCAUUCCCGCCGCACUCGGAGCAAAUCCAUUUGCGACCAUCACGGCACUUGCAGAGCGCUCUAUUGAGGCGUACUGCAAGGAUCGCCACCUGGAAAUUGAUCGCACGGACAAUGGUAUUCUGGAUCUCUUCGGCGAGCCAAAACACCACCCCAAGAGACGCCGGAGAAAGACCAUGGAGGAGAUGGCACUUGCGCGCUCCGAAAUUGAGAGCGUCAACGGCGCUGCCCAUGUGAUCAGCAAGGCGGAUGCCAUCAAGGCCAGCGGAUUUGGCUUCACUGAGGUCAUGUCAGGCUUCAUUCACCACGAUGAGGAUGGCAUGAAGGAGGACAAGAGACCCAACUAUGAACUGGCUUAUCGAACAGCCAAGAGCCUGUGCGAGAGCGCUCGAUUUUUCUUGAGUGUCCAGGCAUUCAACACCAAGAGUAUCGUGCGUGAUCCUGCACACCGGGGAAUGCUCACUGGCACUUUUGUGUGUCCGACGAUCCCGGGUUCCCCUUUCAUGGUGCAAAGAGGCGAGUUCAAUCUCUUCAAACUUGACCUGAAGGCCCCUGGAACCCGUAAUUUGACGUACGACUUCGACAUGACGGGUAUCAAUGGCGAACUACUUCAUUUCCAUGGUUACAAAGUUGUCGACUCUUCCGUCGCCCUCGCGCCGUGGCAAUUCUGGCGGUCAACCACAACACUGUACUGCACCGUUAGCAAGCGUAUCGCAAUGGGUCCUAUCAAAGACGACGAGCACGACGAUGAUGCAUGGCGCAAGUUACAAGUCGUUGCUAAGGGAAUGAUGCACAUACAGGCCGGCGACUUCCUCUCGGAGCUCAUGACCAUGACGCCCACUGGCUCGUCAAUUCUACAGAAGCUCACAAGCGCGGCCAGCUUCAUGACCUUCUUUACUCGCAGGUCCAUGUCACUCUUCCUGGCGCCCUUGACAACUCUUCAGUACCCCUCAACUGUAUACAGCGGAUACAUCAACAACACGGUGCCCAACAAGUCCUUCGACAUUUGGGCAGAAGACGGACGGUGCACCAAGAUGCAUAUGUGGAACGCGACGAACAAGCACGCCAAGGGCGGCGUGAUCGAUCUGUUCAUGAUUCCUGGUGCAAGUGUCGAUCAUCAGAUCUUCGCGCUCCCGACCAUCCCCUACAAUGCAGUCAAUUACUUCACGCGCGCCGGAUACCGCGUCUUUGUGACCGUCCAUAGGAUUGGCCAGCUCAUGAUCGCAGAGAACAACUGGACCACAUAUGACGCGCGACUUGAUAUCAAGGCGUGUCUGAAACACAUCCGCCAGAUAAAUCGCGAAGAAUUCGCGAAAAAGGAAAAUCUCCACAAGGACUCGGAAGAAGUCAGGAAGUUCGAGCCGCCCAAGAUAUACACCAUAGCUCACUGCAUGGGAAGCGUGGCGUUCGCAUCCGGCCUGUUGGACGGCAGGAUCCCGUCGUCGUGGGUCCGCGGCGUGACGUGCUCGCAGGUGUUCAUGAACCCGAUCUGGAACACAAUGAACAUGAUCAAGGCGACGGCGGGGCCGAUUCCGCUGGAUAAGAUGUACAACCUAUUGGCUGGCAGCUGGUUCAGCUGCUCGACGUCGCGCGACGACAGCCUGGUGCAACGGGCGCUCAACCAGGUGCUGCGGUUCAUGCCGGACGCGCGGCGCGAGAUCUGCAACAGCGCGAGCUGCCACCGCAUCAGCCUGACCUUCGGCCGCUGCUGGAACCACAAGAACCUCAACGAGGCGACGCACCGGCAGAUCGACCGCUUCUUCGGCGGUGUCAACAUGACCCUGCUGCACUUGCUGAUGCGAAUGGGCGCCGCCGGCCACGCCAUGGGCAACGGCCCGCUAUUCGAGGUCCUCAACACGCGCGAGAACAUCGCGCGCCUUAAGGGCGUGCCAUUCCUGCUCUUUGUCGGCCGCGACAACGCUGUCCUCAGCCCUGAGUCCACCGAGAAGACGUACGAGAUCCUGUGCGACACUUUCGGUACCAAGGCCGGCGGCCUCGCCAACGGUGUCCAGGGUGAUGGCGGCCCGCACGACAGCGACGGUAUCGAGUACCGCCGCCGCGUGGUUCCUGGCUAUGGUCAUCUCGACUGUUGGAUGGGGCGGAACGCAUGGAAAGAUGUAUAUCCUUUCGUUAGGGAGGAAGUUGACCGGGUAUGCCGGGGUGAGGAAUACCGGUUCCACGAGCCGGAUGAUGAUUUCAAGAGGAUGGUGGCUAGUGGUGAACUGCUGUACUAG